CCGCCGCCUCCUCCUUCCCUGCGGAUCCUGCGCCGGAGCAGACGCACGCAGCUGACAUUGUCUCCUUGGCGGGACUCUUUCUAACAUCUGGGGAGCCUUCUCUCUCCCGUGCACAAUGGCAACGCUUAAGGAAAAACUGAUUGCACCAGUUGCCGAAGAAGAGGCGGCAGUCCCCAACAAUAAGAUCACCGUGGUGGGUGUUGGACAGGUCGGAAUGGCGUGUGCCAUCAGCAUUCUGGGAAAGUCCCUGGCCGAUGAGCUUGCUCUGGUGGACGUAUUGGAAGAUAAACUCAAAGGAGAAAUGAUGGACCUGCAGCAUGGGAGCUUGUUUCUUCAGACACCGAAAAUUGUGGCAGAUAAAGACUACUCUGUGACCGCCAAUUCGAAGAUCGUGGUGGUAACCGCAGGAGUUCGCCAGCAAGAGGGAGAGAGUCGUCUCAACCUGGUGCAGAGGAACGUCAAUGUCUUCAAAUUCAUCAUUCCUCAGAUCGUCAAGUACAGCCCUGACUGCAUCAUACUUGUGGUUUCUAACCCAGUGGAUAUUCUCACCUAUGUUACCUGGAAACUAAGUGGAUUACCCAAGCACCGUGUGAUUGGAAGUGGAUGUAAUCUGGAUUCUGCUCGAUUCCGCUACCUUAUGGCUGAAAAACUUGGCAUUCAUCCCAGCAGCUGCCAUGGGUGGAUUUUGGGAGAACACGGCGACUCAAGUGUGGCCGUGUGGAGUGGGGUGAACGUGGCCGGCGUUUCUCUUCAGGAGCUGAAUCCGGAAAUGGGGACGGACGAUGACAGUGAGAACUGGAAGGAAGUGCACAAGAUGGUGGUGGAGAGUGCCUAUGAAAUUAUCAAGCUAAAAGGGUAUACCAACUGGGCUAUUGGAUUAAGUGUGGCCGACCUCAUUGAGUCCAUAUUCAAAAAUUUAUCCAGGAUUCAUCCAGUAUCAACCAUGGUGAAGGGGAUGUAUGGCAUUGAGAACGAAGUCUUCCUGAGCCUUCCAUGUAUCCUGAAUGCUCAGGGAUUAACCAGUGUCAUCAACCAGAAACUGAAGGAUGAUGAGGUUGCUCAACUCAACAAGAGCGCAGAUACCCUGUGGAACAUCCAGAAGGACCUCAAAGACCUGUGACUGCGAGCUUCUAGACUGUAGAAAUUUAAACACUGCAACGUGAUCAACCACGAACCUUUAGUUCCCGUCCAUGUACAUGGAUCACAGUUUGCUUCCAUCUUCCCGAGUAUGUGAAUUUGGGCUCACAGAACUGAAGCCCAGGUGUAGUUUAAUGCUUGCAAUAUGAAUCCUUGAACAAAUAAAAUUAACUAUCAGUGUG